CGAAGUGAUUCGAUAAUAAUGUAACACAUGCUUUGCACAAUAUUACAUCCAUCUACAAUACAUAACAAAUCAGUUUACUUAAAUCAUUGUUCGAAACAAAAUGAAUAGGAAUAGUUAUUGUAAUUAUAUUGGAAUAUAAAUUUUAUAAUUUCUUUACAGUCGAGUGAUAAAUAUUAAUUGAUAUAGGAAGACAACAGAUUUACAUAGAUACCAGAAAGGCACAAAAUAAGAGAUAACUAAUCUAAUUUUAAGUAUUUCCUUAUGAGCAAAGAUCAUACGCAGUUUUUAAAUAUUAUCAAUAUGGAGAAGAACAAUGCAUUCUUACAAGUACACAUAGAAAGACCUGUGUAUGAACAAGAAACUUUAAAUAAAGAUUGUCAUUAUGAAAAACCAAAAUCACUUGGCUUUCAAGAUGCAAUAUGUGACUUAAAACAUAGAAAUUGGAAAUCAUAUUUUACAUCUACAAUCCCUUCGAUACAUUGGCUGAGAAAUUACAAUUGGAAAGAAAGUAUAAUGCCUGAUGUAAUUUCUGGUUUAACUGUAGCAAUUAUGCAUAUUCCUCAAGGCAUGGCUUAUGCACUUUUGGGAAAUGUACCUCCAGUAGUUGGAAUAUAUAUGGCAUUCUUUCCUGUCUUGGUAUAUUUUUUCUUUGGCACGUCUAGGCAUGUGUCCAUGGAACUUAUUAGACAAGCUAGAACAAUGAAACAUUAUUGGCACUCAUCAGGAACAUUCGCUGUGGUUUGCUUGAUGACUGGGAAAACUGUGGCAUCUUAUUCGGUAUCACACAUUGAUAUUACAAAUUCAAGUACUACAACUACAUUGUCCAAUUUGCCUGGAGAAUAUUAUUAUACACCAAUGCAAGUUGCAACAGCAGUGACACUCAUGGUUGGAAUAAUUCAGAUCAUAAUGUAUACAUUUCAUCUGGGUAUUAUAAGCACAUUGCUUAGUGAUCCAUUAGUGAAUAGUUUUACAACUGGUGCAGCAGUCUGUGUUUUGAUAUCUCAAAUUAAAGAUUUAUUUGGUUUGAAAAUUCCAAGACAAAAGGGAUAUUUCAAGUUCAUUUUUACAUUGAUCAAUAUUUUUAAAGAAAUACAAAAUACAAAUUUAACUGCUUUACUUAUAUCAUCAAUAACAAUUGUUGGCCUUGUACUUAACAAUGAAUUUUUAAAGCCAUGGGCAAGCAAAAAGUGCAGUAUCCCAAUUCCAAUUGAGUUGAUCGCAGUUGUGAGUGGAACUUUAGUUUCAAAAUAUUUUUGUUUUUCUACUAUGUAUAAUAUUCAAGUUGUGGGUAAUAUUCCUACAGGACUACCAACACCAACAGUUCCAACAUUUCAACUCUUGCAUUUGGUAGCAACAGAUAGUAUUGCUAUAACUAUGGUUUCUUAUACCAUUACCAUAUCAAUGGCUUUAAUAUUUGCACAAAAAUUAAAUUAUAAAAUUAAUUCAAACCAGGAACUUCUUGCCAUGGGUUUGAGUAACGUAGCAGGAUCCUUCUUUUCAUGUAUGCCAGUAUCAGCAUCUUUAAGUAGAUCUCUAAUUCAACAAACUGUUGGCGGUCGGACGCAAAUAGCUAGUCUUGUAUCAUGUACAAUAUUGCUUAUAAUUCUUUUAUGGAUUGGUCCAUUUUUUGAACCUUUACCAAGAUGCGUUCUUGCAUCAAUUAUUGUUGUAGCUUUAAAAGGAAUGUUUCAGCAAGCCAACCAGCUCAUAAAAUUCUGGAAACUAAAUAAAUCUGACGCAUUAAUUUGGAUUUUGACAUUCUUGACAGUCGUAAUAGUAAACAUCGAUAUUGGUUUGUUAGCUGGAAUGAUAAUAUCGCUUGCAAUUAUUUUAUUACAAAGUCUUAGACCUUAUAUCUGUUUAUUGGGAUACAUACCAAAUACAGAUUUGUAUUUGGAUAUGAGCAGAUUCAAAGCGGCAAUAGAAAUUCCUGGAAUAAAAAUUGUUCAUUAUUGUGGAACUCUGAACUUUGCAAACAUCAGUCAUUUCAAAGCAGAAUUAUAUAGAUUAGUCGGAGUAAAUCCAACAAAAGUCAUAGAACAUAAAACUGAGUUAAGAGAAAAAGGAAUUUAUAUGGAUACAGAAGAUUCAGAAGACAAACAAGAAUUACGAUGUAUAAUAAUGGAUAUGAGUGCAUUAAGUUAUAUUGAUUCUAGCGGUGUAAUUGCGUUAAAUUCAGUAAUGAGAGAAUUUCAACAAAUUGAUGUGCAUUUUUAUCUUGUAAGUUGUAGAACUCCCAUUUUUGAGACUAUAAAAAAAUGUGAUUUAUAUUUAUAUGGUACACUUACAUUUAAGAUUUUUGCAACUAUACAAGAUGCCAAAACAUAUUUAGAAAAAGAACUUUAUUCGAGAUAAUAUAUGUAAAUCAUCAUACUUACAUGUUAUAUAAUAUUUGUUUUAUAUAUAUAUAUAUAUAU